GGAAGCCCCUUGACGCGCGCGACGCGUUGGGCUGCACGCACACCAAGCACCAUUUUCUAAAAAGAAGAAAAGCUCCCAGGUCAUCCAAAGUUAUUGAUAUUAACCACUUUCCCACGUAUGAGUCUAAAAUGUCUACAUCAACACCUCCAGCGGCGUCACAGUUACCAGCACACUCCUCUUCCGAAGCAGAAUAUGGCGCAACUGGCCCGAACGGGAAUGACGCCCUGUCGCCGGAACCGCCCGUAACUUGUAACCUUGACCAGGCGUUAGCUUUGAGCGCCCCAACCCCCGCCCGGCUAUCCGAUAUCUUGCAAUGUUGGCUGCAAGACAAGGAUACGGACUACGUCCCGCCGCCCCUGGAUGCAUACUACUUUGUCGAAGAGUACAGGUUUGGACAGGCCUACGGCGAAUACGAAUGGGAGAUUCUCGACCCUAUGUUCAAGCAAUGGACGUUCGUCAACAACGAAGGGAGGCGUGAGAGACUUAGGGGAUUAGUGCAACAGCGGUGGCCGACUUCUUUUGGUCAUCUCGAGCAUCAUUCGGACGGGACGCCCUCCGGUUUCCGCUGGGAUAACACUUACCCCGAGUUGCUCCUGGCAGCAUUCUAUCCACCCACGCCCGAGGGCCAGCCAACAAGAAGGGUUAUAUUCCAAGGUCCGACCGGAACUACUCCUCCACGCUCGCCCGGUACAACCUUCACGCAGUCUACUCCUGCCCCGGAAACCCCUCGUACGCUGAAUGUGGAGCCUGCCGCGCAUGGCAAGAUUUGGGUCGUGGCCAUCCCCUCAAGAACGUCACCGGACGAGAAACGUCUCAGUGCAAAAAUGCCAUAUAGCGUGCUGGCGUUCCUCGCCAACUACUGCCAAACUGUUGGAGCCUUCGAACCCUUCCAGGAUGGAGACUCGGACGGUCAAUCCGGGGGUAACCAUCCUUAUGCCCUCGGUUUCCGGUUCGCUAAAGCCUUUAUCAACUGCCAAACUUCUUGCCACCUUGAGCUGCGGACCGCGGCGCCUCCCAAUGUAGAGGCUGGCCGCGGAAUCGAACCAAGGGAGGUGGUGGUGCAGUAUCACGCCCGUUACCUUGCUGCGCACCGCUACUCAUAUGAGGACAGGGAACAAGGCGCACCAAUUCGUUCAGGCAUCAGGGUAUCUCGACCAAGGGCUCGGAUCCGUCACACAUGGGGGCCCGAUCGACCAAUGAUUGUGCGCUGUUGUUCACUUUCGUUCUCCAUUCUCAACACUGUUGAUGCCCCAUACACCAUCGUCCUGUUGAUGGACGAUAACACGCACCCGAGCUGGGGUAAACAAAGUCAGGCGUGGCGCCACGAUCGGAAAACAAACGCCCUGCUCUUCCCCCAGGCUUCCGAUGACGAACUCAAUGGGCUGCGUCCAUGUGGGCGUUUUAUAGGCUUGAGCCACUUUCUCCUUAUGGCAUUGACCAUGUUCGAGCGCUGGGAAGCUGAGUGGAUGUUUGCACUCGAUCAGAUUAACGAUACCGUGUCGUUUUCUCUUCUUGACACGCUCGAAGACGAGAGACUCGAUCUUUUCAUGUUCGACGAAUCCUUCCGCCUCUCAAGGGCGUAUUUUGCCACUCUUCAAACAUUGCGAGUAGCCUCCCAGACGAUCGACGACGAUAUCAAAGAAUGGUCUCAUCUCCGUGAGCGGUGGAGUGACAUCGUCGUAUCCAGUGGCAUGUUCAACUCAGAAGAGCUCGCUGCUUCAGCAAACAACUGGAACGUCGUCAGCGCGAGGAUCGAAACAAGAGCAAAUCGAGUCCGAGCUGCCAUUGCCCGCAAAUCUGAAGAGGUGACUAGCCUUAGGGACGGGUUGUUCAACGCAACUUCUCUUCGUGAAUCCACCAAAGGCAUGGCCUUGAACCGAGCAGUUUACGUAUUUACCGUGGUCACCGUGCUAUAUACCCCUAUUGGAUUCCUCACCUCCUUCUGGGCGAUGCCGGUCCUUGACGACGGCGGUGCGGAUUCUGAUAAAUCGGGCGGGCGAUAUUCUUUACCCACCGGCUUCCUGGCCUCGUUCAUCGCCGUGCCGUUGCUUACGUACCUGAUCUGCAUCGCCGUCGUGUGGGUAUUGGGGUCUGACAACGUGGAUAGGCGACUGGAGAUGCUUUGGCCUUUUCCCCGCUAUCUUCGGUAUAUCCGUUACCACCUAGGGCGGCUAGUGGGGCGUAGGCGGUGAUAAAUCAUGGCGUUCAGGGCCGUCCGACGGACAACUUGCUAGUUAAAUAAUUGGCACUGGAAUCGGUGGGAAUGAUUCAGAUGCAAAGUACUAUUGGACUGUACCGACGUAUGGGAUUUCAAUAGUUGAAUACCAGGUAGCUAUUGUGUAGGUUUCCUUAGCGUUGACGAUGUUGGUUUCAUUAGGAUGCCACAUUGUUCAGACCAGUACCACUUGUUCCAGCUGCCCUUCAAUGCCACCCUUCAUCAGUUCACCGUUCAUAACUCCAUGAACGUAGCACUCGCCACGGAACACAAACGUUGCCGUCCCGUCCUGCGCCUGUCCCCGCCUCAAGACGUAUGGCACUGCGCCCCCUUCCAGCACCCACACCUCAUCCC